UGUGUUUCUUUUCAUCCAAAAAUUGUCUUAUUAUCCUUUUCCUUCCCCUUCUGUGCUACCCAUUCAAUAGCCCCUGGCUCUCCUCUUAAUCUUCAGUUACCCGUAUACCCAUGCCCCUCGUCUUCCGUCUUUCAUCAUUUUCAGACGCGUUGUCUUGUUAUCAAUUCUUCCAUCUCCCUGUCCUCGCACCUUGGGACUUGCGACGGGUAUCGUUUAGCCGGGGAACUGCCACGUCGUAUUGAAAUUGGCUUCUAUGAUAUGAGCCUAUUCCGGCGUAAUAUUAUAGUCUGCUGGAUGAGUAGGUAAUGAAGGGUUUUCAUGAGAGAAAUGUUGCUCUAAAAUGCUCUUCUAAAGCUUCUAUUGAUAGCUCACCAUCCUCUGGAAGUGGAUCGGAGCCAGGUCCCGGUGACUCUAAGUUCUCCAAGACUUCCGUCUGGUCAAACUUGUUUGCUUCUGCUUUCUCAAUCUUUGAAACAUAUAGUGAGUCGUCAUCGUCGUCUGUUUGUGAAAAGAAGGCCUCGCUUGCUAAGAGCAAUGCGUGGACAGCGGCUGUGAAGAGGGUUGUCUCCGGUGGUUCAAUGAGGAGAAUUCACGAGCGUGUUUUAGGGCCAAGCAAGAUUGGAAUAUCUAGCUCAACUAGCGACAUAUGGCUUCUAGGCCUGUGCUAUAAAAUUUCACAAGAGGAGUCCUCUGGAGAUGUGGAUGCCACCAAUGGAUUAGCUGCAUUCAAACAUGACUUUUCAUCACGAAUAUUGAUGACAUAUCGUAAAGGUUUUGAUGCCAUUGGCGACACAAAAAUCACAAGUGAUGUCAGCUGGGGUUGCAUGCUUCGAAGUAGCCAGAUGCUUGUUGCUCAGGCAUUGCUUAUUCAUCGAUUGGGGAGAUCUUGGCGAAUACCUUUGCAAAAGCCUUUUGAUCAAGCAUAUAUUGAGAUCUUGCAUCAGUUUGGUGAUUCUGAGGCCUCAGCUUUCUCCAUCCACAAUCUUGUUCAGGCUGGAAAGAUUUAUGGACUUGCUGCUGGGUCAUGGGUAGGCCCAUAUGCCAUGUGUCGUUCAUGGGAAUCUCUUGCUCGCUGUAAGAGGGAGGAAAAUGACAUUGAACGCCAGUUACUUCCUAUGGCUGUUUAUGUUGUUUCUGGUGAUGAAGAUGGUGAGAGAGGAGGAGCUCCAGUUGUUUGCAUUGAAGAUGCUUCUAGACAUUGUUUUGAAUUUUCAGGAUGCCAAGCCGACUGGACACCUAUUCUUUUACUUGUACCCUUGGUUCUUGGACUUGACAAAGUAAAUCCCAGGUACAUUCCAUCAUUGCAAGCAACAUUCACCUUUCCGCAAUGCCUUGGCAUUUUGGGUGGGAAACCUGGCGCCUCAACUUACGUUGUUGGAGUUCAAGAUGAAAAUGUUUUCUACCUUGAUCCACAUGAUGUUCAGCCGGUAGUUAAUCUCAGUAGGGAUAACCUGGAGGCUGAUACAUCAUCUUAUCACUGCGAUAUUAUACGACACAUUUCUCUGGAUUCAAUUGAUCCCUCUCUGGCAAUUGGAUUUUUCUGCCGUGACAAAGAUGAUUUUGACGAUUUUUGUGUCCGGGCAUCCAAACUAGCUGAUGAAUCAAAUGGUGCUCCCUUAUUCACUGUUGCUCAAACUCAUAGUUUUAUUAAGCCAAUUAGGCAUGCUGAUGCUGGUGAGGUUCGAGAGAAUGAUUCCUUUGGUGUAGUGCCGAUAGGUGACAUGGAUGGUAGCAGUCAUGAGGAUGACUGGCAGCUCCUUUGAUAGGAACUUUCUAUAUCUUCCACUGGAUUGUAUACACAACUCCUUGGUUCCUCCCGUUGGAAGAACCACGAUUACAACGUGGGUGAUUCUGUUUAUUGUCCAUUGACAACAUUUGUAGGUAGUGUUUAAGUUAUACGAUUCUUUUCCCCUGAAUUUUAAACUAUUCCAAGCUGUUAAUAUAACUGACUAAUAUUGAUUUGUAAGAUACUUGCGAAUAUUGUUCAAUUUUAUUUGGCAGACAACAAUGUGCUGCUGAUUUUUCUA